AAGGAAAAAUAACUCGUACAAUAAACAAGUCGAAUGAAAUGAUAAAUGAAAAUUUGAUCAUUGCAUAGUUUUCAAAUGAUGAAUAUCCAUUAAUUGUUUUAAAAUAAUACCUUUACAAAAAUAUUUUGAAAUUUAUUAAAAUCAAAACACAGAUAUAGCAAAUAUUUUAAAGUACAACUUAUCUAGCACCUGCAGAAAACCUUAACCAAUCAAAUGGUUUGUGUCCGGAAGGCAGAAUUUUUGAAAUACCAAAAUGUUGAUAUUAUUGCGAUAGUGACAAAGAAGAAGAAAUGGCCCAGCCUGGAAACGGUCGAGAAAACCCUAUCACAGGGCCUUAUAGGGCGACCAAACUGUGGAAUGAAGUGAUCUGUGCAUUUCGACAAGGCGUUCCUGCAGGUCGACAUCGUCGAUACAUGAAGACUUACGAAAAGUGUUUCACUGCAACAGAAGCUGUAGACUGGUUGCAUAAUUAUCUGAAGUCAAAUUGCAACUUCGCAUCAGAGGUGACAAGGGGCCAGACACUACAGCUUCUUCAGAAACUGCACCGAGCACGUGUCAUCGAGGACGUGAGAGGGGUGAAACACAACCAACAGGACAUCUCUGAUAACGGCCGGCUACUCAGAUGUAAAGUUCCCUCCCCUGCCAAGAUCAUCAGAACACCCUUAAGGAUCAGGAAUGACAUCAUCAACACAACAGCAGCACCCUCUGUAGGACCAAUCAAAUUAGAUCUGGACCUCCAGUUAGAGACACGCCCAGAUAUCCCAGAAUGCCAUAUUGUGGCCAAAGAACUGUCUGCCACUGAAACGGAGAACAUCUGGAAAAACGUGACGUUAGACAAAUUACAGCAGGUGCUACACAUGGAGAAUCUAGAGGACAUUCUGGAUAGCAGUCUAGUGGUGGGGAAGAACAUCCUCCAUAACUGUGUGUACAUCAAUAAAAGUGGAAUAGUCACCAACAUUCCUCAGAAAGAUCAGCUACCACACUGGGCCCUGUCUGCUAUGAAGUGUCUGGCUCACUGGCCACAAAAAGUGGACGACCUUCCUAGUUACCCCGGCUUUGAGCGUGAUGUUUUCCGAGUGGUUAAGGAGUACUUCUGUGGCCUUGACGAACCUCUGAUGACCUUUGAAAUGUAUGAGGUCGUCUUAAAUGUUUUCAUUGUAGCUGAUGGCUCGUACCAGCUUCUUCCAGCCACCCCAACAUCCCCUGAUGCUAUGACCUCAUUUGAGUCGGUAGAAAACCUGCUGCUGGAUCUUACAAACACCAGAUCUGGGUCGUGUAGUGGCCCCCCAGAAAUGGACCACACCCCUCUCUGUAGAAAGAGGAGUGCCCCCUCCCUAGACCUUUCCCCUAUCCACCCCAUCCCUGACCAUGAGAAAGUUACGAACUAUGAGACAGCGUUUGGUCCAGAUAACAGGACUGUGACUCGUGUUUAUUACAGAAACGGUGUAGCCAUGGACUACAGUAACUGUGAGGAGACGGAAGUGUUUGGUCCUAUUGAGACUCACUUUGAAAGUUCCGAGCCUCUACAAGUGCCAAAGUUCACCGAAUGUCAGACGUACGACGUCAACUACGCUCGAAUCCGCCCCGUCACUCGGAGAAAAAGUGAUAGCAGAAAAACUGGUGAAAAGAAAAGUGAAGCCUACAGGAGGCGGAGUUAUGGCCCCUCAUCUGUUGGGUUAGUGUCCUCGCCGAGCUGUGGUGACUGCACGGUCCAGCAGUCAUCUAGGUCAUACAAUGGAUAUAUCUCUAGUCGAUCUUCUUCUCAAGGAGAGGAAGGCGGAGACAAUGUACCAACAAGAACGGGAUUCCCCCGAUCUAAAUCCAGUAUCUCGCUCCACGCCUGUGCUCACCAGGAUCUCCAGUCUCAACUGUUGGCAGAGUGCCAGCUACAGAGACAGCAGCAAAAAGUUUUUGAGAGUUGUGAGUCACUUCCUGGACGAAGUCUGAGUUUAUCGGACCUGAUGCAUGCUGGGACGCUUCUGAAAUCAAAAUUAAAAAAGUCAAACACAGCCACUGAUCUGUGUGAGGGGGAUCGAGAGGAGCGGAUUAAAGACGCCUUACAGUACGUCUGUCUGUUACUGCCCCCUGCCAACAGACGGAAGCUCCACCUACUCCUCAAACUGAUGAGUCGGAUGUCUGAUAACCCAAAAAUAGAACUAGACGUCUGCCAAACCACUAGGGCUCUGGUAUUGGAGACCUUUGCUUCCUGUAUACUGAGUUGCCAUGACGACUCUGACCGUGAGGACUCGCUGGUGAUGCAGAUUGUAUCCUUCCUGUCAGAUCACUACAAUCACAUCCUAUCUGUUCCAGAGGAUCUGACCACGGUCGUACAGGAAAGACUCAGCGCCAGCACCAAGACUCAGGUGAUGUAUUCCUCUGAUACCGUGGGUUUGACCUACUGUCACCAGGUGUCAAAGUCUGAGUACGAGACUCAGCGUCUCAGUAACUCACAACGAGCCCUCCGAGAUCUCCUGGACGAGAUCAUCAGCGAUAGAACCAUGUCCUACAAGGACAAGAAAAAGAGACUCAAAAUUUUCCAGAAAACUUACCCUGACAUAUACGCUGAGAGGUUUCCACCCCACAAUUCAAAACCAGCUGUUUCACUGAAUCAGAAACCAGGAAACACCAAACCGGUGACAUCACAGGACCCCAAGGCGGCGCUACCACCUAAACCUAAACUCAAACAACCAUUACUAGUGAAACCACUGCUUAAACUGAAGGGGCUUAGAAUCUGAUUAAUUACCACCCAAACUUUCAAACAGUAAACCUAAUAUGAUUGGAUAUUACCAAACCUGUUAUAUAGUAAACCUGAUAUGAUUGGUUACCCUGUCAAAUUGAAAUGUACAAUUACAAUACAGCAGAUCUAAACUGUUAUUACCAUUACCUAUAACAAAACCAUCGCUACUGCUGAAAUCACUUAUUUUCAUAGACUCUGUACCUCAAUGUAGAAAAAAGCCCUUUGUCUUUGCUAUCCCAUAAAAAGUAGAAUUUUUGGAAGCAAACUGAUAAUUUUGUGGUGGAGAAGUCAUUCAAGAAAGUGUAUGAAACACUGAUUUAUUUUGAUUUGCCAACGCAAAAUUCCCUGAAGUUUUCUGCUCUAAGAUCAUUAAUGAAUUACAUGUAUGUCAUUUUUGAAAAACAAAUUUCUUGACAGAGAACUGCCAUUUGAUGGUAUCCAUUAUAAUUUUGGCAGACUGUAGAAGCACUGCUUACAAUUCCUGUUUUUGUACCAUCAGCCUUCACCAACUGAGAUUUUUAAUGUAUACUUACACUGAUUUUAUACAUAUUAUUGUACAUGUAUGUGUAAAAUUGUUUUUAGAUUUUCUGUACAUACAAAUACUGCUAUUCCUGUCCACUGUUAGUGUUGUAUUUAUUUUUAAUCUUUUUUUUGUACCUUUAUUUAUUUAACUUACUGGUUGGUAAAUGAACCUUUCCAAAACACCUUUGAGGUGACAAAACUUCCAAAUAUUAAUUCCAAGCCUGUCUGUUUUGCAUUUGUAAUCAUUUAUGCUGUGUAUAUUUUUUAACAUGGCAAUAAAAUAUUUUUGUAGUAAUGCCGGUAUAUCAAAUUUUAAAGAAUACAAUAUUCUAUGACAUGGUGUCAUAAAAUAGGGUCUUUUUAUGCCCCACUUUGAAGAAGGGAGGGCAUAUUGCUUUGCUGCUGUCCGUCGGUCCACUUAGUUUCGUUCAUUUUCUUCGCAACCGUUGCACAUACUGAGAUGAAACUUUGUAUACAGAUAUAUCACAUGAAUAUCUAGGUCAAGUUUUGUUUUGGGUACGAUCCCACCAUUUUUGACAGAGUUAUGCCCCUUGGACUUAGAAAAAUUUCAAUUAUUUGCAGUUUCCUUUCAUUUUCUUCGCAAUGGUUGUACAUACUGAAAUUAAAUUUGGUAUACAGAGAUAUCACAUUAGUAUCUAGGACAAAUUCUGUUUGGGGUAAGAACGCGCCAUUUUUGACAGAGUUAUGCCCCUUGGACUUAAGAAAAAUUCCAAUUAUUUGCAGUUUCCCUUCAUUUUCUUUGCAACCGUAGCACAUACUCAGAUGAAAUUUAGUAUACAGAUUUUUCAGAUGAAUAUCCAAGUCAAGUUCUGUUUUGGGUACAAAUGCACCAUUUUUGACAGAGUUAUGCCCCUUGGACUUUGAAAAGUUCCAAUUUGGGGGAGGGGGGCAUAAGUGUUUUACAAACAUCUCUUGUUUGAAUGUGUAUUAUUUUUUUUUAGAAGUAAAAAAAGAUAUAACCACUGUCAGUUAUGCCCCCUUUUUCUAAUGAGGUCUUAUUUCAAAUUUUUCAAUUUCUAGAAUCACUAUAAUUCUGGUUUUAACAGUUGUCUACAAAGUUUAUUUUUUGUUGGAAGUAAAUAAGGGUACAUAAAAUUUCUCAUUGUACAUGCUGUAUAAAUCUAAUGUAUAUAGAUACAGCGCCCUAGUAAUUUACAUGAGGGCCCCUGUAAUAUACUAAUUUUUAACUCCAUAUCAUCAGAUCUACAACUAUUGCUAUCAUUUUAUACUGUGUAAUAUACCUCACUAAUGCAGCUUGUGAUUGUAACCUCCAUAAAAGUUUAACUUUUGGAUAUCUUCUGUUUAUGACUUUUUGAAAGUAUUUUUAUUUUCUAUAUUAUUUUUCUUCAGAUGUUCUUCCCUCAUUGUACACAUUCUGUGUGUUCAAUGCAAAUUAAUUAAGCUUUUUAACAAGAAAUGUUAUUUUCAGCAUUAUCAUUAUUGCUUAACAUUAAUUACUCAGUAUUUGACCUGUUUGCUGUUACUUGUGUCUCGUAAUCAUGGCUACUAGUCCUAAAUAAACUUCUAAGGUGGGACUAUUGUUUGAAUGACAUCAGAAAUAAAUACACCAAAGGUA